AUGCUCGAGCGGGUCAAGCACCCGUUUCUCGUAACUCUAUGGGGCACCUUCCAGGACGCAAAAAAUCUCUACAUGGUCAUGGAUUUCGCAGAGGGUGGUGAGCUCUUCAGCCUCCUCAGAAAGUCCCAGCGGUUUCCCAAUCCGGUGGCGAAAUUCUACGCCGCCGAAGUUACACUUGCCCUGGAGUACCUGCACUCCAAGCACAUAGUAUACCGAGACCUGAAGCCCGAGAACCUGCUUUUGGACAAGAACGGGCAUCUCAAGAUCACUGACUUUGGCUUCGCAAAGGAAGUACGGGAUAUUACGUGGACGCUAUGCGGCACGCCGGACUACCUCGCCCCUGAGGUAGUCUCUUCCAAGGGCUACAAUAAAUCUGUCGACUGGUGGUCGCUAGGUAUACUCAUCUUCGAAAUGCUUUGUGGUUUCACCCCAUUCUGGGACAGUGGCUCGCCCAUGAAGAUAUACGAGAACAUCCUAAAAUGCCGCGUUAAAUACCCACCGUCCCUGGUUCCGGAUGCGCAGGAUUUACUAUCGCGACUAAUCACACCCGAUCUGACCAAGAGACUGGGCAAUUUACACGGCGGAUCGCAGGAUGUCAAGAACCAUCCGUGGUUUGCGGAGGUCACCUGGGAACUGCUUGCUCAGCGACGGAUAGACGCUCCGUACAUACCUCCAGUCAAGGGUGGGUCGGGCGAUGCAUGCAUGUUCGACACCUAUGCGGAAGAGACGGAACAGUAUGGUCUUCCUGCUGAAGAUGAGUUCGGCCAUCUAUUCCAAAACUUCUAA